AUGGGUUCUCUAUCUGACGACUUGCCUAAUGAGCUUGUAGAAGAAAUCCUUAUGAAGUUGCCUGCAUCUUCUAUCCUUAGUUUCAAGAGGGUGAGCAAAUCUUGGUACAACCUCCUCUCCUCACCUCGUUUCAUACACCUCCACUCCCUCACACCUCAAUCUCCCUCCCAACCUUUUGCACUCUUCCACCCAUCCUCCCACAAAAAGCCCCCUGUUUUCACCAUCUCCCUCAAACACCAUGAAAACGUCAUGCAACUCUGUGAAGUACCCCAUAGCUCUUCAUGGAUGCCAAGAAGUAUCAAAUGUAGUAAUGGCAUACUUUGCAUAUUAACAAACAGGGGCGCCUUCUGCAUUGUCAACCCUGCAACCGGCCAAUCCAUCCGUCUUCCGCGUAUCCAUGGCCUGCGUGUAGAGUAUUUUGGAUUCUACUUCAGCCCCCGAACCUGCAAAUUCAAGGUGUUGGCAGUGUUGGCAGUACUCUCAAAGAGAAUUAUUGGAGAUUACGCGGUCUUCGACUCAUCAAUCGGAAAAUGGGAAUUCUUCGACAACAUAGAACCAAUCAAAGCUCUAAUCUUCAGCUCUCUAGAUCUCAAAACCAUCGGACAUACAUGUUACAACUACAAUAACUUCAACAUCCCGUAUGAUAUGAACUUGAUUGGUUUUGACAUGGUGAAAGAGGAGGUAGAGAUCAUACCAGCACCACCAAAGUUCCAAAGAGAGGGGGACGAUCAUGUUGCUGUGUUGGAAUGGGAUGGUUGUGCUUCUAUCGCAGUUGUGAGCUGUAGUUUGGAACUAAGGUUGUGGGCUCUAAGAAAAGAGAAGAAAUGGGAGAUGGUGGUGGAUGCAGAUUUGAGGGAAUUGGGACUCAAAAAUGAAAGUGAGAAUUGUUAUCCAUUUCCAAAGGUUGUGGUUGGGAUGGAUAUAUUGAUGGCUUAUGGUGAUAAGAUGUUAAGUUAUGGGAUUGAGAGUGGGAGGUUGAAUGGCUUGUUACCAAGGGAGAAGGGAUUAUCUAAGGGUGAUAUUUUAUCCUACAAACCCACUUUAUUUGCUUGGGAGUAUGAUGAUGGUAAGAAAGGAAAAGGGAGUAAAGGUGGUACGAAGAAGAGGAGCCUUGCUCAAUCAUGCCCAAGUGGAAAGAGAAGAAUACAUCUUCCAUCACAUGGCUCACUAUAG